AAAUCUAAACAUAACCUUAUUUUUUCCAGUUUCUAUUUAGAAAUACAUGAAAUAAUAAUUUGUAAAAUGGAAGUAGCGGAAUUCGAUCAACGUCUACGAGACAUACAGAGGGAAUAUCUGGAUUUCUUGAGCGAUGAGGCCGAUCAAAAUAAGUACACCCAAAUGGUUAAAAAUCUAAUAGCGGAUAAUGGUCGCAGAUUGAUCGUUAAUUUAAACGAUUUAAGAAAAAGGAAUCCGGAACGUGCCAAGAGUUUACUUACAAACUCGAUCGAGGAACAGAUCGCCUUUCAACGUGCCCUCAAAGAGUACAUCAGCAACGUCUUUACCGAGUACGAGAAGGACAGCGGAGAUUUUUUUGUAGGUUUUGAAGGUAGUUUCGGUAACAAACAUGUUACUCCAAGAUCGCUGCAUGCACGCUUUUUGGGGAAUUUGGUGUGCAUUGAAGGCAUCGUAACAAAGUGCUCGCUGAUCAAUCCAAAGGUGGUUCGAAGUGUCCACUUCUGCAGCUCCACCAAGAAAGUUACAGAUCGGAAAUAUGCAGAUUUAACUUCGUUAGAGGCAUUUCCCACGAGUUCAGUGUACCCGACCCAGGACGAAGAUGGAAACCUUCUCGAAACAGAAUUUGGUUUGUCGUCGUAUAAAGAUCAUCAAUCCAUUUCUAUACAGGAGAUGCCUGAAAAAGCGCCUGCGGGGCAGUUACCGAGAUCUGUAGACAUUAUUUGCGAUAAUGACUUGGUGGACUGUUGUAAACCGGGUGAUCGAAUACUGGCUGUAGGCAGUUAUAGAUGCUUGCCCAAUAAGCAGGGCAGCUUUACAAGUGGAACUUUCCGAGCCGUUAUAAUCGCCUCCAAUAUUUCCCAGUUGAGCAAGGAGGCGGGCCUUUCUAUUUCGCGUAACGAUGUGAGACUGUGUAAAAAUUUGAGCACUAAAGAGGAAGACGUGUUCACCGUUUUGGCCCGUUCCAUAGCCCCUUCGAUUCAGGGACAUGAAUACAUUAAAAAGGCGAUAUUGUGCCUUUUGUUGGGCGGCGAAGAGAAGGUCCUACCGAACGGAACUCGAUUAAGAGGCGACAUAAAUGUGCUACUUAUUGGCGAUCCUAGUGUGGCCAAAUCUCAGUUGUUACGUUACGUUCUCGCUACGGCCCCGCGCGCCAUUCCGACUACCGGUCGCGGUUCCACCGGGGUGGGACUUACCGCUGCAGUUACCACCGAUCAAGACACCGGCGAGAGGCGGUUAGAGGCCGGCGCCAUGGUUUUGGCAGAUAGAGGUGUCGUUUGUAUUGACGAAUUCGAUAAAAUGUCGGACAUCGAUCGUACGGCUAUACACGAAGUAAUGGAGCAGGGUCGUGUUACUAUUGCCAAGGCUGGGAUACAUGCCAGUUUGAAUGCGCGGUGUUCCGUAUUGGCCGCCGCCAAUCCUGUAUAUGGACGGUACGAUCAAUACAAAACUCCAAUGGAAAAUAUUAAUUUGCAAGACUCUUUACUGUCUCGUUUUGAUCUGUUGUUUGUUAUGCUAGACACAGUGGAUCCAAAACUUGAUGGCCAAAUUUCUGAGCAUGUUGUACGCGUUCAUCGUUAUCGAAAUCCAUUGGAGCAAGAUGGCGAAGUCCUACCAAUGGGGUCCGGUGCAGACUGCUACAGUACCCAAAAUCCGGACACCAUAGAAAAGGAGAGCACCGAUCAAACGAUAUUCGAAAAAUACGAUCCUCUACUACAUGGGGAUAGAGCGCAUUGGCUACAAACGCUCAGCGUCGACUUCAUGCGCAAAUAUAUACACUUUGUCAAAAUUAUAAAACCCAAACUGACGAAGGAGUCCGCCGAAAUUAUCGCCGAGGCGUAUUCGCGGUUACGUUCAGAAGAUACCAUGGACGCAAACGUCGCCAGAACUCAACCUGUUACCGCCCGAACGUUGGAGACGUUAAUUCGUUUAGCGACGGCGCACGCGAAAGCUCGAAUGUCGCUUGAAAUUCAAGAGCGCGAUGCGCGCGCCGCGAUUGAGCUUGUCCAAUAUGCUUACUUCAAGGUGGUGUCUGAGAAACCAAGUCACAAGCGGUCCGUCGAGUCUGAUGGUGAUGAAGUAAGUGACAAUGAAAGCAGCUCGCAAAGGAGGAGGAAACGAGUUCGAGUGGACAAUGAAGUCAUCAGUAGUCAAACAUCCGAUGCGAGUGGGCUUACAAAUGGUACUCACGCAACGGUGGAAGCAAUGGACGUUUCCACGACUACAACCAUUUCUGACACAAGAUUGUCGACAUUUAAAUCCAGUUUGUGUCAAAUAUUCAGCACUAGGAGGAGUCAGUCACUUGCACUAACAAAUUUGAUAGAGGGCUUAAACGAAGGGCGUGCCGAACCAUUUGCAGAAGGAGAAGUACGAGCAGCAAUACAGAAAAUGUCCGAUGACAAUCAAGUUAUGAUGGCCGAUGACACAGUAUUUUUAAUUUAAACAUAUUGCAGUGUUUAAUAUUCUAAUUUUGAUGUAAUUUUUAAUGUAUUCUUAUUAAUUUUUUUGUAUAGUUAAUGAUAUUAUUUUAAUUUAAUAAUAACAUAGCCCCUAAAGGAAGUGUGAAA